AGAGAAAAACGAGAGAGAGGGGUAGUGGAUGUAGCUCUAGCUGUGGGCCGGGGGGUGAGCUACCUAGCCCGGGCUGCUCCGCCGAAACAUCCAUGGGUGGCUGUGUCGGGAGCCACCACGACUCUUCGGGCAGCUUAAACGAGAACUCUGACGGUACUGGAGUGGCUCUAGGGCGUAACCAGCCCCUGAAGAGAGAGCGGCCUAAAUGGAAAAGUGACUACCCGAUGACUGAAGGCCAGCUGCGCAGUAAGAGAGAUGAGUUCUGGGAUACGGCGCCAGCAUUCGAGGGCCGGAAGGAGAUCUGGGAUGCGCUGCGGGCUGCGGCCAGCGCCUUUGAGAGCAAUGACCACCUGCUGGCUCAGGCCAUCCUCGACGGGGCCAGCAUCACACUGCCGCAUGGAGCUUUGACCGAAUGCUACGAUGAACUGGGGAAUCGAUACCAGCUGCCAGUCUACUGCCUCUCUCCCCCCGUCAACAUGAUCGAAGAGCGCUCUGAUGAGCCUGAUGGUUCAGAUCCAGACUCUGGGGCCGCAGACCCGUCCACGGGCAGCGCCAGCGACCCCGGCUCAGGGGGGGAAUGUCAGCUCCGGCUCCGGCUCUCCACGGGCCGUGACCUCCGGCUGUCGGUCCGAUCCUCAGACACAGUGGGCAUGAUGAAGCGUCGUCUGCAAAGUCAGGAAGGCGUGCCCGCCGCCACCCAACGCUGGUUUUUCUCAGGUCGGCCACUGACAGAUAGGCUGCGCUUGGACCAACUCAACAUCUCCAGGGACUAUGUAGUGCAGGUCAUCCUUAGCCAGCGUCCACCGCCAGAGCCUGUUACCCCACCAGGACAUACACCAGAGGCAACUGGUCCUGUGACAGUGGAAGGAGUGGCUGCAGUGCCGCAAGAGCCCACGCCGGUGGAGAAUUAAACCCCCCCAAACCUGGCAACCUGGAGCUGGGCAUAUUAGAGGUCCGGCAGUAUUAAAGGGGGAUAACAAGGGACAAAAAAGAUAAAAUUAUCCUUCUCUUCUCCUUCUUUCUUCUUCUUCUCUUCUCCUUCUUUCUUCUUCUUCUUCUCUUC